AUGCGUUUGGACUGGACUGACAUGGCCCCAGAGGUCUUGCAGAAGAUUCUGAUCCAUGCAACUGCUACUUCAUUUAACGGGCCACCCAAAGAAUGGUUCAAUCUGGUUCUCACUUGUCGCUAUUUCAGAGAUUGCCUGUCCUGCAAUUCUGGCCAAUUAUCUAGCACUAUCUUCGCCCAGAAAUUCGAUAUCGCCGCUCCUGUCCGCCGACUUGGCGAAGCCGCCGUACGGAGCACCGCAAAGCUGGAGAUGCAGCGCAGGUUCGGCGCUAUGGGUAUCUUUCGAAAUCGUCGGCUCGAUGAUGCGUCCCUCACUGAGGCGUUUUGGAUCGCCUUCUUGAUGUGGGAGGACUCGGGUGGGAGUCAAAAGAACAUCAAACAACUACUUAAUGCCGGCCUUUCAUCCUUCCUUGAGUUGUUUCUUCGAGAACGACUCUAUCUUGGAGCCGAUACGAACAAUGGCUGGCCUUUUGCAAACGAGAGAAAUUCCCUAGCUGUAGCCCUUUUGUGGCUGACGGCUUCUUCGACCUCAAUCAAUGCCGAGGGUCCAGGUGUGCGGGAUAAAGUCCAAGAGCUUCUGAAUCCCUUUAUCUUUGCACCUUUCCGCUAUCCAACUUCUUUCGAACCCGAGUAUCUAUUCGGGCCGACAGACGAUGAAGGAAUGCCUAGAACGAGUACGACUGUCCACGGUCAGUAUCCACCAAUCCAUCCUCCACCCGUCGUCGUGGUAUACUUUGGAAACAACAAUCGAAAGGCCCGGAUACCCUGCGCUUCAUUAUAUGCCACACUCCUAUAUUUCAUUCGUGCUGAGACUCAUGGGUUCGAUGUCGCGUCACCGCGCGAAUGCCUGAGGCGUUCUCAGGUCUCCGGACAUACAACAGGCGUCUACAUUGAUGACAUUGAAGACUUUCAUAAUCACUGUCACACAACCUUUGCCGAUUUCCCCGCGAUAGAUAAUGGUGUUCAACCCAAUUCCCUCAACCUCUCCCUACAUGACGUUUUAUGCCAGCCAAGCUACCAACUUGGUACCUUGAGCGGCCUUUGGCAGGGUUCGACAAUUGUCCCCUUUUACACUUAUUAUAACGAUUGGAAAUCUCAAUUGAAGGCGCCCUCAAAUUUCCGUGCGACGGGACGAAGACCUUUGUAUCUCACACUGAAGGAGCAUUAUACCUCGGACAUCAAUAACGUCGUACCACAAGAUGAUGCAGCGAAUGGCAUGCAAAAUGCAUGGCUGCCUAAAAAUUGUCGUGCAACCGAAACACCGGUGAGUGAAUCGCUUUGUAAACCAAUAAUCUUCUUCAUCUAUCUUGGGAAGACGGGACUUUAUCUUUCCGACACGGGAGGCACAUUCAACACGCAUUAUGACACAUUUCAAUCUGGACAGGGUCAACGGAAGCAGGUCGUGGACGUCAUUAUCACUGGAAAGCUCGAUGAUAGACAUCCAGCAGCGUGGGCACCAAUGAAUAUCUUGGGGCGCGUCCGCCUUCGCGAUGGCCUGAUAGUACUUUCCGUUGACUUCGACCCCGCAUUCGGCGAAUCUCAUCUCCUACGGGGAUAUGCGACAUCGUCUCGGAACCUCGUUGGAAGGUUCAGAUGCCCGUCCAGUGGCUUCGAGCCCGCGGCUUGGGAUGGAAUUUUUAGUUUGUCCAGAGACCACGGUAAUGAUUCCUCCACAAGCGCGGUUGCAUCAUGA